AUGGGCGACGACUGUAGAGAGAUUGAAGGGGAGCGGUUUACUUCUCGGGAAAAAAAGCUUUUGGUGCAGAAUGUGUCAGCCGAGGACGGAGGGAACUAUGCAUGUCAAGCCAGACUGACGCACAUGGGGAAACAGUACGUGGUUUUAAAUGGCAUCGCUGUGAACAUCACAGAAAGAUCCGGAGAUGGAAGGAGAAUCCCUAAAAUCACUUAUCCAAAAAACAAUUCAAUUGAAGUACCACUUGGCUCCACCCUUGUCGUGGACUGCAACAUAACAGACGCAAGGGACAAUACAAAUCGACGGUGCUGGACGGUCAAUGACACUUUGGUGGAUACUUACUACAAUGAAUCCAAACGAAUCAGAGAGGGAUUCGAAAGCUGUGCUGCUUUUCAGGAACACACUAUGUGCACAGUAAACAUAACCUUCUUAGAAGUAAGAAUGGAGGAUUAUGGCCUUCCUUUCACAUGCCGUGCUGGAGUGUCCGCAGCGUACAUCAUGUUAGAACUCCCAGCUCCAGAUUUUCGAGCUUACCUGGUCGGAGGGCUUGGCGCCUUGGCACUUGUGGCUGCGUCUGCUCUGUGCGUCUACAACAUUUUCAAGAUCGACAUUGUUCUUUGGUACCGCAGUGCCUUCCGUUCUGCUGGGACCAUAGAAGACGGGAAGCUGUAUGAUGCAUACGUCUUGUACCCGAAGCCUCAAAGUGAAAGCCAGAGUCACGACGUGGACACGCUGGUGUUGAAGAUCCUGCCCGAGGUGCUGGAGCAGCAGUGCGGAUAUAAGUUAUUCAUAUUUGGCAGGGAUGAGUUCCCCGGACAAGCUGUGGCCAAUGUCAUCGAUGAAAACACUAAGCUGUGCAGGAGGCUGAUCGUCAUCAUAGUCCCCGCAUGGCUGAGCUUUGGCCUAUUGAAGAACAUGCCAGAAGAACAAAUCGCAGUCUACAACGCCCUCAUCCAGGACGGGAUGAAAGUCAUUCUGAUUGAACUGGGGAAAAUUGAGGACUAUACAGCCAUGCCAGAGUCAAUCCAGUACAUCAGACAGAAGCACGGGGCCAUCCAGUGGAGCGGGGACUUCACAGAGCAGUCACAGUGCAUGAAGACCAGGUUUUGGAAAAAAGUGAGAUACCACAUGCCACCCCAAAGGUAUCCACCCUCUGCGGUCCAGCUGCAGAAGCGCGUGCCCUCCAACUGCACAGCAGGCCCAGAACUGGGCUCAAGAAAAAAGAAUUGUCCUUUCAUGCCUGGUUAA